AUGAAGUUCAGCUCUGCACUGGGCCUCUUGGCCCUCGUUGGCGGGACAUCAGCAUCGUCUAAUACAAUUGCUGCGCAGAGCCAGCUUGCUCCAAGCCAAAAUAUCACUGUAGUCCCUAACACGUUUCUCAUUGAGCUGCAGUCGGACUUUCACCCAGGUCUACAGCCCAAAGAAAAGUUGGCAAAGACCGCUCCUGGUAGCAACGCUGGCUAUCAUGUUCGUCAGCAGUACAACAGCACCGAGCACUUCUUUGGCGUCUCGGUUGCCUUUGAUCAAGACGUUGAUCUCGCCACUCUGAAGAAGACGGCUGGCGUAAAGAAUGCCUGGAGCGUCACCGUCGUGCCUCGCCCAGUCCCUUAUCAACAGCUGACGGGCUCACCAAACUCGAAAGACACGUCGAAAGACAAACGAGACACUCUACCAAAUUACAGAGGCAGCGAGAGGGUCAAUGAGCCACUGGCAAUGGCUGGUGUAGAUAAGCUCCACGCACAAGGCAUCAAGGGCAAAGGAGUGCAGAUUGCCAUCAUCGAUACCGGCGUCGAUUAUAACCAUCCCUCGUUGGGUGGAGGAUUCGGCCCAGGCCACAAGAUUGCUCUAGGCUACGAUUUUGUGGGAGACGACUUUACCGGCUUCAACUCCCCUGUGCCCGAUCCUGAUCCCCUGGCCACAUGCGUUGGCGGGGAACAUGGGACUCACACGGCUGGUAUUGUCGGCAUGGAAGAUCCCGAGAACGAGGGAUUUGGACUAGUCGGUGUGGCUCCCGAAGCAACUAUUGCAGCGUAUCGUGUAUUUGGGUGCAAUAACGGGGGCACUACCAACGAUGUUAUCAUUGCAGCGAUGCUCAGAGCUGCGCAAGACGGCGCAGAUGUUGUGUCCAUGUCUUUUGGAGGAGGUAACGGAUGGGAGUUAGACGAUCCAUUCAACGACGUCGUCACCCAAUUGGUCAAUAGUGGCGUGGCCGUUGUGGCAGCCAUUGGCAAUGUCGGUAUCGAAGGAUUAUACUGGCCUCAAUCUCCCGGCCUGUCCCACGACGCACUAUCUGUGGCUUCAGUCGAGAACGGUGUUUUCCCUGUGGCAUAUACUGCUCACGAUGACCAACAAAAUGCCCUCGACUAUAUAUCUGUGUUCCCAGCCACCAACCUGGGCCGCCAACAGAUCUACACGCUGGGAACGGGGCUUGGAGUACCUCCCGAUCCUACUAUCUCGAGUGGAUGCGAUACGUCGGUAUGGGCCGCUUUGCAAUCGGCUACGAACCGAGGGACGAUUAACUGGAACAACACCAUCCUGUUGGUCUCGGUAACUGAAUCGUGUGUAUCUUUAUUCAAUAACUGGGGCGAAGCAGCUGCGAUUGGCGUCCAGACAAUGAUGGUCUAUGUUGCAGACGACGAACAGCUAAACGCAAGUCCACUGGACGGCGUACAGAUACUGUAUUUGAAUCAUGAAAAUUCGCAGAAGCUCAUUGAUAUUUUCGACAACCUACCCGCUGACCAGACUUCUUAUUAUCUGACAUUUGACGGCGACAAAGUCAAGGACGUGCCAAACAAGCUCGGAGCAACAGUGGACGCCUUCUCCAGCUAUGGUCCCACAGUCGAAAUGACACUCGUGCCCAAGAUUUCAUCUCCUGGAGGGAACAUCCUCUCCACAUGGCCCCUGGAGGGAGGCGGCUAUGCCCUUCUGUCGGGUACUUCGAUGGCAACCCCUUUCAUCGCCGGAAGUGCCGCGCUGCUCAAGUCCCAGCAGCCACACCUCGGUGUUUCAGAGCUCUAUGCACGACUUAUGGCCACUGCUAAGCCGCUCAAGGAGUUCGGCCUGCCACUUGUUGCGUCUACGGCUCGGCAGGGCGGUGGCUUAGUCGAUGCUUAUGCCGCCGUCCAUGCAGAUACUGUCAUUUCCCCGUCUGAGAUUGACCUGCGGGAUUCCGCAUCGCCGGCGCCCCAGAAGAUCACCAUCACAAAUCAAUCCAAGGGGAAGAAGACAUACCAGAUAAGGCAUGUGCCGGCGGCGUUUACCAGGGUCUAUUACAAUUAUCUGGCCGGUGGCCCGGAUAUCCCAAGGAAUGGAAGCAUUUACCCCUUGGAAAUUGAUGCCUCGGCCAAGUUUUCUCGAUCAUCUCUGAUUCUUGAAGCCGGACAGUCGGCCACUUUCGAGGCUCAGAUUACUCCGCAGGAAGACAAAUGGCCGUAUUCAAUGCCUGUGUAUGCCGGCUUUGUUGAGGUGUUUUCUGGCAAUGAGACGUAUUCAAUUCCGUACAUUGGUGUACCUACUAGUCGAGCCGAAGUUGGCCCUAUUAUGGUGAAUGCAACACCACCAGGCUCACUUUCUUCUCCGGCCGUAUACAAAUUCCAAAUAACCAACCCCGGUGGCCAAGCAACUAAGCCGAAUAUUGAUACGUACAACCUCACAGGCAGCCCGGACGAUGCUCUCCCCUUAAUUUAUAUCUCCACUGGACUGCCCUCUCGGCUCGUUCGUUUGGAACUCGUAUCGGCAAACACAUCCUUUGUUCCAUCGAUAUAUGGCUUCGACCCCAACGUCGCUAUUGACUAUCGGCUGCCCGCUAUAGCUACUCAAUCCGGUUAUCUUGGCGAGCCAAGCUACGGAAUCAUAUCUGCAUCCACAAUAGACCCUGUCUCUGCUAAUAGUCCCAUCCAGCAAGGUCUUACGUUUAACUUGUUUGUGUCUGGUCUCAUUGAAUCCCCCACCUUGACAAGCGACAACAACACCUCGAUCAAGCUAGUUUCUGGAGAUUACCGGCCGCUUUUCCGUGCCUUGAGAUGGAACGGCGACGAGUCAAAUCCUGCUGAUUACCAGUCGUGGCUGGGACCAGUCCUGAGAUUGAACGUUACAAGCUCUUGA